CUACGUGAUUCCUGUCAGGGUGAAUUCUGAGACACAGGAAACCUGCCAGGAGACAAUACCAGCAGCUUUACCGUCUCCAGGUGGGCGUGUACCGACACUAAUCGCUGUCUGGGGGUGACAGAGUGAUGUACAGCAUGAUACAGAUGACAUACAAAUCAGCUGUUAAUUGUAGGAUUCUACCAAAUAAGCCCAUGAUAAAUAUAUAGAGCAUGGCAACACAAGAAACACAAGAAAUAGAUCCUGAGGCUGCAGUUAAGCAGUUUAAAGAGUUUAUUGGAGCAUAUAAUAAAAUUACACAGAUGUGUUUUAAAGACUGUAUUCAUGAUUUUACUACAAGAAAAAUUUCAAAUGCUGAGAAUAGCUGUUCCCUAAACUGCUUAGAGAAAUAUUUGAAGUCCACACAGAGGAUAUCUACCCGAUUCCAGGAGCACCAUUUACAGCAUACAGAUGACUCACCAUAUAAAACAAUGGCUGGAAAGAGUUGAUGAUUGCCAUUUUACUUAGGAGGACAUUUAACUAGAUUUGUUAAGAUCCAUUUUAAGGAUCGUUGUGUCCAUAAUGACAAUUGUAGAGAGAAAUGGGAUGUCAUCACCAAUUCUUUUUGGAAGCACAAUUGUCAUGAUUAUGAAAAUUUAUAUAUAAAAAUGUAUGAAUUCUUUUAAAAAUUGCAAAAUCAUGGAAUCAAGUACACCAAAAUAUUGAGAAAUGAAAAUGUUAGGCAUUUUUUUUAUGGAUGUGAAAUGACUGAAAUGUGACAUAAAUUGUCAAAAAUAUGUAUUAAAGUAUUACUUGUAUGUUCAAGUAAA